GCCGGCGCGCUCGUGUGACGUCACAGCGCGCGCCCCGGCGAGGCCGCUGCGUCGCUCGUGAGCGGGGGUCUUCGCGGUUGUCACCAUGGUUCCGCGCGUGCAGCUUCCCCCUGAGAUCCAGCUGGCUCAGCGCCUGGCGGGAAACGAGCAGGUGACCCGGGAUCGGGCGGUGAGGAAGCUCCGGAAAUACAUCGUCGCCAGGACUCAGCGGGCCGCAGGUGGUUUCACUCAUGAUGAGCUGCUGAAGGUAUGGAAAGGACUGUUCUAUUGCAUGUGGAUGCAGGACAAGCCGCUUCUCCAGGAGGAACUAGGAAGGACCAUUUCCCAGCUCAUCCAUGCUUUUCAGACAACAGAGGCACAGCACCUGUUCCUUCAGACCUUCUGGCAGACCAUGAUCCGCGAGUGGAUGGGCAUCGACCGGCUGCGCCUGGACAAGUUCUACAUGCUCAUGCGGAUGGUCCUGAACGAGUCCUUGCAGACCCUAAAGAUGCGGGGCUGGGAAGAGAGACAGAUGGAGCAGCUGCUGGACCUGCUGACGACUGAGAUCCUGCACCCUGACAGCGGGGCCCCCAGCGGGGUGAAGAGCCACUUCAUCGAGAUCUUCCUGGAGGAGCUGGCCAAAGUGGGCUCCCGUGAGCUGACGGCAGACCAGAACCUCAGGCUCAUCGAUCCCUUCUGCACAAUCGCCGCCCAGACUCAGGACCCCGUGGUCUUGAAUAACGUCACUCGAGGCAUCUUUGAAGCGAUUGUGGAACAGGCCCCGCUCGCCAUCGAAGACUUGCUGAACGAGCUCGGGGAGGAGGAGGCGUCAGAGGGCGCCGAGCAGGAGCGGGCUGCGCGGUCCGAGGAGCCGUACGGGAAGCCCGAAGGCUCCUUCUGUGGAACUGAACUGGACGUGGGCGAGGAGCAGGCCGGGGAUGACGAGGACAGUGCCAGCGCCGUCCUCCAGUUCGACUACGAGGCCGUAGCCAACAGGCUGUUCGAAGCAGCCAGUCGCCAGAGCACCCCCUCUCACAACAGGAAGCGUCUCUACAAAGUGGUCCGAAAGUUGCAGGACCUUGCAGCAGGCCUCUUCCCUGAGGAUGACGUCCCGGAAAGGGCCUACAGGAGUCUGCGGGAGGGACGGCGGGCGACGAGGACCGAGAAGCGCCGGCCCAGGUCCAGGCUGCAGGACGAGACAGGGCCACAUGGACGGGAGGGCGUGUGUGGAGACCCAAGCUCUGGACCCGAGAGGACACGGCAGGGCACCAGGGCUGACCCCGCUGCACCCCAGGAGCAGCCCAGGGGCCGAGCCAGGAGAGGGGCUCGCAAGAGAAGGCGGCCUCGGGCUGGGGCCAGGAAGCAGGUGCCUGGCUGCCAGGGGCCAGAGGAGAAGAAGCAGCGGACACGGGAAAGCGAGAAGUGACGCCCACCGAGCCCAGGGAGAGGACGGGACAGGCGAACCAGGUCGGCCACGGUGGCCUGGAAAGUGCCACUCCGCUGACCUCAGCCGGGCCAGGCACCCUGGGACUGGACACUCCCCACAGAUGUCCCUCUCCAGCAGGGGCCGGCCACGUGCUGCCGCUGUAAAUAAAAGGCCACGCUCUGUCAAGCA